AUGGCCUUUUCCUUCGGUACGCCCUCCAGCACUGCUGGCCAGGCGAAUAACGCUGCCACCUCCUCUGCGCCCGCCUCGGGUUCUUUGUUUGGGUCAUCGUCCAAGCCUGCUGCCACCACCACCACCAGUCUCUUUGGCCAAGCGACAAACACUCCUGGCUUUUCUUUUAACAACGCAAACGCAAACCCCAGCUCAACCCCCUCGUCGACUGGCGGCGGCGGUCUAUUCGGUAACACAGCGUCCAAGCCUGCAGAGCAGAAGCCCUUGUUUGGCGCUGCCUCGACCACACCGGCACCCGCUGCGAGCACCCCUACUUCAACAGGCGGCGGACUAUUCGGCGGCGGCAGUGGUGCUCAAUCUGCCCCCAGCGGUGGUUUGUUUGGAGGCGGAAGCACGCAGCCUGCGUCCGGUGGAAUGUUUGGAAACAACAAACCGGCCGAAACGACCCCAGUCUCAAGCGCUGUAAACACUACGUCCACGACCGCAGGCACUUUCCCAUCAGGGGGCCUGUUUAGUAACAAGGCGCCAGAAUCUAGCACACCAGCGUCCCAGCCGGGCGGUCUCUUUGGUGGUGCAUCCAAGACCGGCACGACUACGUCGCUAUUUGGAUCCAACAGCACUACGCCUGCUGCCCCAGCAGCUGCAAAUACUGCUUCGAGUUCCCUCUUCGGUGCGGCAAGCACAGCUCCGGCCACGAGUGCACCUGCUGCUUCUGCCACGUCUACCUCGUCCACAUCCCUAUUUGGUUCAGCGAAUCCGGCUGGCUCGGCCACGAAUGCAACUCCUGCAAAGCCUUUGUUCGGGCUGAAGUCUACGACUCCAGCAGGACUUCCCCCGAUGGGUGCUCAGAGAAAAGAGGAGUUGAAGCCAGCAAGCGGUGGUUUGUUCGGCAACCAGAGCUCAGCGGCACCCAAGACCGGGCCCGGCUUGUUCGGUAAUGCUGGAGGCACUCCUGCGUCGAGCAGCACUCCCACAACUACAGCUGCUGCAGGCUCUUUAUUCUCAAAUGCAAAGCCCCCUGCUACGGAACCUACUGCAUCAGCAGCACCAUCAGCAACGUCAUUAUUUAGCAAGCCGGCGGAUUCUGCUCAAGCCAAGCCAGCCGCUGCUGUUGGUUCAAGUGCCCCGAUCACUACAGCUGGCGGGUCUUCCGGUCUCUUUGGUGGCGCCGCAUCCUCGACUCCUGCAACUACAGCCCCUUCGACCGGGGGACUUUUUGGGGGUGUGAACAAGCCUGCGGUCACGACACCUACGACUGAAGCGCCCAAGGCUGCUGGAGGUCUUUUCGGUGGCGCCAGCGCUACAACACCUUCCACGACUGCAGCUGAAAAGCCAUCGCCAUUUGGCAGUGUUAAGCCUGCGACUAGUUCAGCACAACCUGUUGCAACUGGUGCCGCAACAACAGCGACCAGCUCUAUCCUAGGAGGUGCGAAGCCUGCCAAUGCUCUUGGCACAACAAAUGCUUCCGCUGCUUUGGGGGCCUCAACCACCGGGCCUACAUCGCAGUUGGCCCGCCUGAAGAACAAGACCAUGGACGAGAUCAUUACCCGGUGGGCCACCGAUCUUUCCAAAUACCAAAAGGAAUUCAAGGAGCAAGCUGCUCAAGUGGCCGCGUGGGAUCGCCUACUGGUCGAAAAUGGGGCCAAGAUUCAAGAGCUCUAUCUGAACACGUAUGAGGCCGAGAGGGCGAGUCGUGAUGUUGAACGCGUUCUCUCCAACCUAGAAGACUCACAAGGCGAGCUUGAGGGCUGGCUGGAUAAGUACGAGGCCGAGGUCGACCAAAUGUUCUCGCGCGAUAUCGGCCGGGCGGAUACUUUGGCUGGUCCGGAUCAGGAACGCGAAAAGACGUACAAGUUGGCCGAGAAGCUCACUGAUCGCUUGGAUGAGAUGGGUAGAGACCUCUCCAAGAUGAUCAAGGAGAUCAAUGAUAUCUCAGGUACACUCAGCAAGGGCAACAAGCCUGAUGACCCUCUGAGCCAAAUCGUCCGUGUGCUCAACAACCACCUUGCUCAACUUCAAUGGAUUGACACGAAUGCUGCGGCAUUACAAGCCAAGGUUAACGCUGCACAAAAAGCAGGUGCAACAAUCGGCAACCAAUAUGGUGGCCAGGAACAAGACGCUGCCGAGAGCUUCUAUCGCUCCUAUCUGGGCGGCCGGAGAUAA